AUGGAAGUUUUGGAAGUUAGUUGGAAAUCUCGGAAGUUAAUUGGAAGUCUUGAAAAUUAGUUGGAAUAUUUUGAAAGUUAGAUGGUAGAUAUAGUACAAUAUAUAUUAUAUUUCAUAUUAAUAUACCUAUAAUUAUAUUGUAUUUUAUUUUAGUUUACUCCGGCGUUGGGAAAGUGGCGUCCCUAUCGCCCAGUGCCCUUCAUUGGAUGCUGCAAUAGCCCCACACUGAUCUUAAGUGAUCGGAGUGGUCUGGCCCUCCAGGUUGGGGGUUGAGCGUCGGGUUAACAACCCGACCUUGUAAAAAAACUUCUGUUCAGGAUUCGAACAACAACAAGCCUCGGACUAGAUUGGGAAAAAAGACUGGAAAUUGGAUAUCGGAAUUAAAAGGUGGUACUUGGAAUAUACGAACACUAUACAAACCUGGAGCAACUGUGGAAUUAGUAGAAGAGAUAGAGAGAUAUAGAAUGAAAUGCGUAGCAUUACAAGAGGUGAGAUUAGAGGACGCAGGUACAACAAAGAUAUCACNGCCGACGGAGGAAAAAGAUGAAGAAAUAAAAGAAGAGUUCUAUAAUACACUAGAGGAGGUAUUUGAUACUACGGUGGGAAAUAUUAAAAUUGUACUGGGCGACCUAAAUCUAGAGGAGGUAUUUGAUACUACGGUGGGAAAUAUUAAAAUUGUACUGGGCGACCUAAAUGCUAAAAUAGGGAAAGAAAGGGUAUACCAGAACGUGGCAGGAAUGCAUAGCUUCCAUGAGCACUCGAAUGAUAAUUGCUCUAGACUAGCAAAUUUUGNAAAUAAAAGAAGAGUUCUAUGAUACACUAGAGGAGGUAUUUGAUACUACGGUGGGAAAUAUUAAAAUUGUACUGGGCGACCUAAAUGCUAAAAUAGGGAAAGAAAGGGUAUACCAGAACGUGGCAGGAAUGCAUAGCCUCCAUGAGCACUCGAAUGAUAAUGGCUCUAGACUAGCAAAUUUUGCAUCAGGAAAAGGUUUAAUAAUCAAGAGUACAAUGCUCCCACGCAAAGAUAUAUAUAAAUAUACUUGGGUGUCUCCGGAUGGAAGGCACAAGAACCAGAUUGAUCAUGUACUGAUUAACAACAGGUUUAGAAAUAGUAUAACUAAUGUAAGGACAUUAAGAGGAGCCGACGCAGAUUCUGACCAUCUUCUAGUAGGUAUUUGGAUAAGAGUUAAAUUCAAGAAACGAUACAGACACAAUUUAAAUACUAUAGAUAGAUACGAUAUUGAGAAAUUAGAGGAAGUUAAUAUACAGAAAGAUUAUGGCAGAAAAAUCGGCGAAACUCUCAAAGUACAGCAAAUAACAAACACAGACGAUGUGAAUGAUGUGUGGAUCAAAAUUAGAAACACUGUACAACUGACUGCAAAAACAAUAAUAGGAAUAAAGGAAAAGAGGAAAAAACCCUGGUUUAACCAAAUAACGCUUCUGCGUCAUGUCUCCUCUUUUUAUCGGGGGGAGGAAUGGCUGAAGGACACUAACAAUGAAGAAAGGACUGCAGAGCAGAUUUCAGUAGACGAAGGAAAGAAGCUCACAAUAUAAUAAGAGGCGAAAAAAGAAAAUAUAUCCAAAACAUUAUGAAAGACGCUGAACAAGACUUUAGACUAAAUAGAACCCGAGAUAUGUAUAAGAGAAUAAAUGGCAUAAAAGGAGAUUUUAAAUAGAAAGAACGUUUUAUCAAAGAUGAUGAUGGAAUGUUAAUAACUACAGAAAAAGAAAUAGCUGAGCAAUGGAGAAAGUAUUUCGACGGACUAUUAAACUGUGAGGAACCAACCGAAAAGUUCCCCUUUAAUAUUGAGAACAUAAAUACGCAAGAAUGCCCGUACCCUACAUUAGAAGAAAUAAAAGAACAAGUGCAUAGAUUAAAAAAUCACAAAUCCCCAGGGGAAGAUUGUAUUCAAGCGGAACUCUUAAAAAAGGGAGGAGAAGAUGUUAUACGGUGGAUCUGGCAAGUAAUUAGUAAAGUAUGGACAUCAGAGAAACUUCCAGAUUAUUGGAAAGUGGCGGUAGUAUGUCCAUUUCACAAAAAAGGAGACAAACAAGAUUGCAACAACUACCGCGGAAUAUCCUUGCUUAAUGUAGUGUAUAAAAUAUUCUCGAAUUGUGUUUUAGACAGGAUAAAAGAAAAAGCGGAUCAAAUAAUAGGACACUAUCAAGGAGGGUUUAGAACUGACAGAUCCACGACGGACCAGAUAUUCAUAAUUAGGCAAUUGUAUCAAAAAUCUUGGGAAUUUGAUAAAGAGGUUCACACACUUUUCGUGGACUUUAAAAAAGCGUAUGAUAGUAUCCAUAGAGAGAGUCUAUUGAAUAUUAUGAAAGAAUUUCAUUUUCCACAAAAGCUGGUCAAUUUAGUAUCUAUCAGCGUCAUGGAGACCUUGAUAAGGAUUCAGAUAGGAAAUUUAGUAACUGAACCGACAACAGUGAACUCGGGGCUAAGACAAGGUGAUUCGCUAUCGCCGAUUCUGUUCAACGUGGUUUUGGAAAAGGUUAUUAGAGAAAUGAAAAUUGGUUCUAACGAGGGUAUUAGAUUACAAGACACGUCGAUAGGUCUACUUGCUUAUGCUGACGAUAUAGUAUUGAUGGAAGAGUCUCAGGAUAGAUUGAAGAUUUUAUUCAGUAGAUUGCAUAAAGCAGCAUCAAAAGUAGGACUAUGUGUAAAUGAAGAAAAAACGGAGUAUAUGUUUUUGAGUAGACGGGGACUACCUUUUUGGCAAUCCAUAAAAAUAGAUCAAUAUGAAUUUAAAAGGGUAGAACAGUUCAAAUACCUAGGGUCUAUUUUGUCUGAGAAAAAUAAUGUAGCAAUCGAGGUAGCAGCAAGAAUCCAAGCUGGGAAUAAAUGUUACUAUGGACUGACUAAGGUACUAAGCUCACGAGUAGUGUCGCGAAGAAUGAAAGAACAAUUAUAUACGUCCUUAAUACGACCGGUUGUAGUGUAUGGAUCAGAAACAUGGCCACUCAGAAAAAUGGAUGAGCAUAGAUUCAUGGUCUUUGAAAGAAAAGUGUUGCGGAAAAUAUAUGGCCCGGUCAAAGAUGAAAUAACUGGUGAGUGGAGACGAAGAAAGAACUUAGAGCUGGAAACACUAUACAGCAGUUCAGAUAUUUUGGAGNGGGUAUUAUAUAAUGUAUUAUCUCGAUGAUUAAUAGCACAGAAUUAAUAGUAUGAUAUGUUAUUUAUAGUAUCUAUAUUUAUAUUUGUAACCAUGUUUGAACCAUAGAGUAUAGUGAUUUGUACAUACUACACACUUUUAAAUAUUAUCAUCAUUUAAAAGCAUAUUAUGUAAAUGUCGAUUUAAAUAGUAUAAAUUGCAGCUAGAAUCAUGUUUUAACCAAAUUUUAACAGGAACUUCCUUUUCAUGGGUAAGUAUUUAUUUUGUAAGAAUAUGUAAGUAUAAAUUUAUUGAUAAUUAUAAUACCCGUUACAAUAGGUAGGUUAGUAGUCUCUUAGAUCAUAUAUAUUCAUGAUCUAAGGGUAGGUCAUUAGGUAGUAUUUAUUUUUAAAUAUAUUAAUUGCCCGAAUUAUUUUAUUUAGCUAUUUAAAAACCUACUAUAUUUAAUUAUUACCAACUAGGGUAUCAUAAUAUUUGUAAUUAUUUUAUUACCAAAUGACAUUUUAAUGUUACUAAUUUAUUUAUUCAUUAUAUAUCUAUCCAAGACCGGUUAUCACAAAUAAUUUGCACAAGUUACAAUACCAAAACUAAUAGAGAAAACUGAAUGGGAGAAAUAUUUUGUUAUCUUUAAAGUCAAGCCUGAUAAAUUUCAAAUUACUGAAUGGAUUUAGAUGUCUCUUAUUAAUAGCAAAUUUGUAUAAAAACUUAUUAAAUUAAGAACAAAAAUCAAUCACUUCUAAUUUGAUGGCAUCAAAAACAAACACAAAUAUUAAAAUAACUCCACAGUCAAAACAAUAGUUGAAAAGUUUGAAAAAAAUCAAUAGAUUAUAAUAGUUUAGUUAUGAGUUUAGCUAUUGACAGGGAUAUUGAUGAAGGUUUGAUGAUUGAUUUUGAAAAAGAAAGAUAAACAUUAAAUAGUAGAAUUAGAUGUUGGAUGAAAAAAAAAUUAAACAAUAACAUUUGAAGUAGAAAUCACUGACAUUUUUCUAAAGUUUCUAAAGAUAUAAAUAUUUCAAUUUAUAUUCUACAAAUUGUGGAAGAAAAUGAAUGCAGAAGUGGUGAGUUAUUGGUAAAAAAAACAUGUGCAAUUUGUAGUUUUAGACAAAAAUUCAGAAGUGUUUGUCACCAAUGUAGUUGGGUAACCAACUGGAUCAAAUUGGAUAUACAAUCUUGCAUUAACUCUCGUUUUGUUACCAAAAAAUCAAAAAUGCCACAAAACCAAUUAAUAAAUACUUACUUCGCUCCAGCCACAACAGAACUCAGUAACCAUGAACAUUUUACAUCUUUAAGUAUAUCUAUAACCCGCUCUAUAACGAGGAAAUACAUAAUGAUGUUCAUUAACUUCAAACUCUUCUGUUGUUCAAAAUACAGAUUCUGAUUACGACAGGGUCGAAAGUGGACAAUCGAUUUCUGUGUUAUUCCCAGUUUUAUCAGACACAAUUAUAUCCAAAAGAGAAUUCUUUAGUAUUAUUGGUAAAACAAAGUGGAAAGGUAAGAAAUAUAGUUAACGUGAAUGAAAUAUCUGUAAGGGUCAUCAUAGUUUACUGGAUGGUCAUCAAUUAAUGUUAACUAAAUAUUUUUUGAUUUUAAAUCAAAUCUAAUAGCUCAUUAAUCAAAAUAAUGAAUUAAAAAAAUACUGCUAAAUACUAAAUAACAAAGCACAAUGUAUACUAAUUUAGUUAUAUAAAAAAGAAAUAUGAUUUCUUCAGGAAACUAAAUUGAAGUAUUAUUGAAAACUGUUCAAGACAAUUGUAAAGUUUCUAAUAAUUAUAAUAAACUCAGUGAAUCUCUAAAAAAAUGAGCAUUAUACAUUUUUUUUAUUGGUGGAAGACUUUUGUAUGAGACACUUCAAAAAAAUUUAAACAAAUGUUUACAAAUUGAUUCUUCCCAAUCCACUGAAUUUAACACCACAAAUUGGCCACGGUGGAAACUUCAUUCAAUUGGAAAAAUUACGCCUUGUUACAUCCUAGGUACAAAAUUAAGAAAUCAAUUUGUAAACCUUCCAUAAUUUUACCAAUGGGUCAAUAUUUAUCAUCAGUAACUCAUUUGAAAUGCUUAAUUAAAAAAACCUUUUAAAGAUUAACAUUUUUUCACUAAAAGUGAUUUAUCAUAAAUAUAAAUAAAAUGAACUAUCAAUCUGUUGAGAAGAUGUGUUUUCCUAAAGUAAUUACUCUUUUUAAUAAAAUACCAGAAACUGAAACUACUACUGCUUAUCUCAAGUUGAUAUAUUUUGUGACAUCCAGCUUUAUAGAUAUAUAAACUUAAUUUUAAGUGAACGAUUAUAUAGAAUAUGGUAUUGUGUGUUUUUCCUUCAGAUAUGGCAUGAAUUUCUAAGUGAACAUAUAAAUUAUAAUUUAAUUAGACAUUUUAUUACACUUAAAGUAUACUAUUGUAUUAAAAUCAAUGCUCAUGGAUUAAUAGAGCUAAUAUUUUAUUUUAAAGAAAAUAAUAAAUUAUUAACACCAGACAUUUAUUACUAAAUAAUUUUUUUCUCAUACAUAUGAAAAUUUAUUUCACACUGCAAGAUCAAUGACAUCUACUUUUUUAACUGUAAUUAAUUUUUCAAUGAAAUAGUUUAUCCAUAAAAUCAAUCAUAUGGAGGUAUUAAAUAAUACAAAAACGAACUACAGUCAUCAUCUGAAAAAUCUAAUUUAACAAAAUUAUUUCCAAGGAACUACCAAGCAGCAGACUAUUCAAAAAACAAGACUUUUAAACAUGUUGAUACAAUGUUUUCUACUAAAGAACAAAUAUCCAGUAUUUUAUGAGGAUGCUAAAACUAGGGCAAUCAGUUUCGGGAUGAACAUAGAAAAUAUAAACAAUUUUAAAAUGAUUGUUCCAAAAUGUUGGUUACAUUCACAAGGAAAAGGGUUAAAUUUGGAAUAACAAUUAGCAGAUGAGUCAGAAGAAAAAAAAUGUAAUUGAAAAUGUUAUAAAUGAAUCUGAAAAACAUAACUUAAGUGAACAAAAAUUGUCCAGUAAUUUUACAGAACCAGAAAUAAACUUCAUUCAAACUAUCAUAAUAGAAAACGAAGAAUUAAAUUUUGAUUUGUUUAACGAUAACCUACAUAAAAGUCCCUUUAUCAGAAUAUGUACAAAAAAUUAUAAUUUUUUAAUUAUUAGAAAACCAUAUUGUGCUGGUUAUUGGAUAGCAAUAUUAAUUACAUAAGCACAACAUUUUGUAACAACUAGUAAUAAUACAUCUAAAAAACUUUCUAUGGAAAAUAGUUGUUUAAUUUCAAGAUCAGAGAAAAGAAAAAUUUUAAAUAUUGGAGAUUGGGUAGUUUUUAAAAUCAAUAACAAAAAUGAAAACAAUUUUAAUUUUGGUAAUAAUGAAUAUAUUGAUAAUAUAAUAUAUUAACCUUUAAAUUGGUUGAAUAUUAUCUUUUUAUAAAAAUCCACUAAUUUGCAUAUACAAAAACUAUUUGAAACUGGUGACACAAAAAAAAUUUUUGGAGUAUUGGCUACUUGGUAUGUGAUUUUAACUAACCAAACAUUAGAAUUAAUUACCAUAAACAUCCAUAAAUUUAUUCCAAUGUUGAAAUAUGUUUGCACAAUAUAUAACCCAAGCAUUGAAUUGAGUAUUUAUCAUGUCAAUUUAUUAAAUUAACCGACAACACAAUAAUAGAAAUUCAACAUCUUGUUAACAAAACAAACAUUAAAGAAAAUGUAAAUCAGACAAACUCAGAAGUAUCAAGCAAUGAAUUUUCAGAAAUUGAAGAUGAUCAAGAUAAUAUGAUUUUAGUUUCUAAUAAUCCAGAUACAUACAUAUCUGUGAAGAUGAAAAUUAAAGUAAAAACCAAACUCAUUCAUUGA